AUGUCUAACAUCGAGGAUAUCGCCAAGCAGUUUGUCAAUGGCUUCUUCACGGGAAUGAGCACAAACAUCCAGGGCCUGGCCGCGGUCUACAGCCCCGAGUCCGUCCUCACUUUCGAGUCUCAGAAGUUUGAGGGUGCCCAGGCCAUUCUGGAAAAGCUGACUAGCCUCCCCUUCAAGAUGAGCGGUCACCAGCUCUCCACCCUUGACGCCCAGCUUGCCUCUGGCGAUCUCCUGAUCCUGGUUACCGGAAAGCUCAAGGUCGACGAGGAUGAGAACCUGAUAAACUUUGUCCAGAACUUCAAGGUCAGCGUUACCCAGGGUGCCGGCGGCGAAAUCACUGGUUUCGUCGUCAAGAACGACAUCUUCAAGCUGGUUUACUAG